AAUAAAGGUUUAAGCACACUUAAAGACCCUCCAACACAUCCGCUUUUUUCUCAUACCAAGUUAUCUUCUAAGAAAAUACAUUCUCCUACAUUACCAUCACCACAAAUAUCACAAAUGCCUCUGCUACCACAAAUACCAUCACCACAAACAUCACAAACAUCUAUGCUACCACAAAUACCAUUACCGCAAACAUUAUUGCAAAGCAAUUAG